AUGUUUAGAAAGAAAAAAUCAAAGAAAGCUCCUUGUGAUAUUCCUCGAGACUUAGAGGCACUUGGAUAUAAAAUUGAUGAAAAAAAUCAACUUGUAUCUAUAGAAGACGGCGAAAUUUAUAAAUUUGAGGUAAAAGACAGGGCUUAUAAUGAACGUUUGUACGAUAUUAUAAUGGAACUUUUGGCCUCUUGGGUCGAAGAAAAGCUUCAAAAAGAUCUUGGUUUUAUAAAAAAGAUACUACCUCUUGGCGCUACGGAAAAUGAUAUACAUACCAAAAUUUUUCUGACUCCAGAUUAUGAAACCAAUGACAAGAUGAUUAUAUUCAUUCCUGGAACUGCUCAUUCAGUCGGUAUCUGGUCGCGAAGAGCUCUCAUAGAUAUUUCUGUUAUAGAUGGUUCAAUGAUCAAUUAUGCAAAACGUGCCUUAGACUUGGGGUUUUCUGUCGUAAUGUUGAAUCCUAAUGAAGUAUUUUGGUAUAAGGGAAAAGGAAGUGAAUCCCCGGAAGCUCACACUAGCUAUGUAUUCGAGAAUAUCGUAAUACCAUCUGCGGCACAAAAAAUUUUCAUCAUUGCUAACAGUUAUGGAGGUCAUUGUGCCAUUGAUGUUAUGCAAAACCACAUUAAUGAGUUAUCUGAAAGGGUAAAAGCUAUCGAGUUUACCGUGUCAGCUCAUUCUAUUGAUUUUGUAAAGACAGAUCGUAUGAAAGUUUGGAUACGUGAGCACUGUCGUAAUUGGCUCAUGUCAGAUCUGCCGAUAGGAGAAGAAAUAAUUGACACAAGAUUUGGAUGUCACUCUUUUUCAUCAGGAUCCGAACUUAUCGAAUAUAUAACGUAUGCGGUGAUUGAUUUGGUUUUUAAAUUUAUUGAAAAUAAAUUGAUUAACCCUGAGAAUUUUCAAGACGACACAUGCGACACAGAUGAUGAUCUCCUUAUUAGUGAAAGCCAGCACAUAUUUGAUACACUUGUCAGCAAUGUACAAGGUACUAAAUAUGAUUUUGACGAUAACGAAAAUGGUCGUAUUGUGGAGGAGACAGAUGGAUCUGCAUGGCUUAGUAAUUAG